UUCUCAACGCCAGGCUCGAGUUGGCCAGCCUAGAGUGCUCAUUUGCAGCUUCUCGCCCUUCUUAUCCGGAGCGGCUGCUCCCAGACAUGGCCGACGAAUUACAGGCAAACAGCGGCAAGCCAAUACAACAGCGGUGAACGGACUCUUCAUGGGAUGACCAAGUCGGGGUGGCCGGUCUUCGCUUCUGGGCGUGCGUUCGCGUGCAGUGAUUUUGCACGGGGCCGCCGUGUCACCACUUCACUACUCCUGCUCGGCACGGGCAUCACGGCUGCAAGCGCCGACAAGGCUGCGGCAACUGAACCAGGAUGUAAAACGUCGGAUGUCUGGCUGCUUCCGGCGUCUUCGCUCGGGUGUGAGACGUGUGAAACCGAGCUCGUGGAACGGAAGAGGAAGAGAGAGAACGAGAGAGGGAGCGAGAGAGAAUGCAGAAAGGGGGAGAGGGAGACAGAGGGAGAGAGCGCGUCCGUUCGGCCCAGGUCCGGUCCAGGCCCAGCCGCGCGCAUUGGGGGCGGCGUGGGCCUGCCUCACUAUAGGAGGCGGGCGCCGCAGCGGCAGCAGGGGGGGGGUGCUACCCUCUCCCCCCCUGGUGCGGUCGACAAGGACCCCGACUGGAACGCAAAGCGGGUAUGUGGGGAAUAGGCCACUCGAAGGCCCGCCUGCGCACGCGAACAGCAAAAGCGCUCUGGCUGCCGGUGCGCCUUGGCGCACGCGCGCGCCUCAGUGCCUCGGUGAGCCGCGGCGCUGCCUCGGGGCAUCCUCCGAGGAGGCCGAGUUUGACAGCUACGAUUGGGUCGGACAUGCCCUCCUGCAUGCGGGGCGCGCUCGACGGAAAGCCACGAGGCAGCUGCCGCUCCCUCCCGCAGCAGGGACCGGGAGGGAGGACGCGAGCACUGCCGUGCCGAACUGUGGGCACCAAGGCGCGCCUGAGGAGGAGGAGGAGGGAGGAGGAGGAGGAGGAGAGAGAGGGAGAGAGGGAAAAGGGGAGCGCCGCCGGGGCGUCACAGGUGGGCGUGGGUGCGCACCCCUCGUGCUCCGCCGCCACGGGCUCCGCGCCGUCGUCGAGGAAGCCCUCGCCGCCGCCGGCCGCCUCCGCCGCGGCGCCGCCGCCGCGCAGCACCGCGGGC